AGCCUUCUCCCUCCUCAGUCUUCCUUAGCAUCUCUUUGGGGCCAAAAGCCCCCAGAAUUCACCUGGAGGUACCACCUCUCUCCCAAUCCCUGGGGCUCGAGCCCCUUGGGGGACCUGCAUCCCAGCAUGUCUACAGCUGUGGAGACCUUCGGCUUCUUCAUGUCAGCCCUGGGACUGCUGAUGCUGGGAGUGACCCUCCCAAACAGCUACUGGAGAGUGUCCACCGUGCAUGGGAACGUCAUCACCACCAACACCAUCUUUGAGAACCUGUGGUACAGCUGUGCCACCGACUCCCUGGGAGUCUCCAACUGCUGGGAGUUCCCUUCCAUGCUGGCCCUCUCUGGGUAUGUCCAGGGCUGCCGCGCCCUCAUGAUCACCGCCAUCCUCCUGGGCUUCCUGGGCCUCUUUCUAGGCAUGGUGGGGCUGCGCUGCACCAAUGUGGGGAACAUCGAUCUCUCCAGAAAAGCCAAGAUACUGGCCAUUGCAGGGAGCCUCCACAUACUCGCUGGGGCCUGCGGGAUGGUGGCUAUCUCCUGGUACGCCAUCAACAUCACUACUGACUUCUUCAACCCCUUGUAUGUUGGAACCAAGUAUGAGCUGGGUCCCGCCCUCUACUUGGGCUGGAGCGCCUCCCUGCUCUCCAUUCUGGGUGGCAUCUGUCUCUUUUCCACCUGCUGCUGCAGCGCCAAGGAAGACCCCGUCACCAGGACUGGCCUUCCCUACAAGGCUUCUACAGUCGUGGUCCCCAAAGCCACCUCGGAUGAAACUGACAUCAGCUUUGGUAAAUAUGGCAAAAACGCCUACGUGUAGGAGCUCUGGCCUGGUGGACACCAUUUCUUGUCCCACUGUCCCCAGCAGAAGAGUGUCCCCAGGACCCUCAGACCACUCUCCAGUUAAUAACCUCAGGACAGACCAUUCCAGACUCCACCCUGUGCCUGGAAGCCAUGACCUGCUCUGGGCACACCUUAUCUGGCACUCCAGCCUCUCCCAGGAACAGAAGCUGUGGAGGCUACUUGCGAGGCCUCCUACAGCUGGACCCAAGGGGACAGAGGUGUCUGCAGCUUGUGACACCAUAUAAGUACAUGUACAAAUAAAUGUAUAUUGUGAUUGUUCAGGGCC